UCAGUUGUGGGAAACAUGGUGGUCAUUUGGAUUACCCUGACGCACAAACGCAUGAGGACUGUGACCAACUACUUUUUGGUGAAUCUUGCUUUUGCUGAAGCUUCCAUGUCAGCAUUCAACACAGUGAUCAACUUUGCAUAUGCUGUUCACAAUGAAUGGUACUUCGGUUUAGUUUACUGCCGCUUUCACAACUUUUUCCCUGUCGCUGCCAUAUUUGCCAGUAUUUACUCCAUGACUGCCAUCUCACUGGACAGGUACAUUGCGAUCACCCAUCCUCUUCAGAAGAGACUGUCAUCCACAGAGACUCGGGUGGUGGUUACCAUCAUCUGGAUCCUUGCCUUGCUCCUGGCUUUCCCUCAAUAUUAUUACUCCUCCAUAAUGCAGCUCCCAGGUCGCACUGUGUGCUACAUAGACUGGCCAGAGUACAGCGCACUGAACUUCCAGAAAAUAUACUAUGUGUGUGUGACAGUGCUGAUUUAUUUCCUACCUCUGUGCAUAAUGAGUUGUGCAUAUACAGUUGUGGGAAUUACACUUUGGGGUAGUGAGAUCCCUGGGGACUCCUCUGAGCACUACAAGGAGCAACUUUUAGCCAAACGCAAGGUGGUCAAAAUGAUGAUCAUUGUAGUGUGCACAUUUGCUGUAUGCUGGCUGCCAUACCACAUCUACUUCCUGCUGCACCAGUAUUUUCCUGAGAUUUUGGAGCAGGUGUACAUUCAGCAGGUGUACCUCGCCAUAAUGUGGCUGGCCAUGAGCUCCACCAUGUACAACCCCAUUAUCUACUACUGCCUCAACAGCAGGUAA